AUGACGACGGGCGACUGCUGCCACCUCCCCGGCUCCCUCUGCGACUGCCCGGGAAGCGCUGCCCUCUCCAAGUCGGUGGAGGACUCGGACAUCGGGCGCCCGCAGUACGUCACACAGGUCACCGCCAAGGACGGACGGCUCCUCUCUACGGUGAUCAAGGCGCUGGGCGCACAGAGUGACGGUCCCAUCUGUCGAAUCUGUCAUGAAGGUGGAAAUGGGGAGGGACUGCUUUCCCCGUGUGACUGCACAGGAACACUGGGCACCGUGCACAAGAGCUGCCUGGAAAAAUGGUUAUCCUCCUCCAACACAAGUUACUGUGAGCUCUGCCACACAGAAUUUGUUGUAGAGAGAAGACCGAGACCUUUGACAGAG